AUGGCACCAGUUUCCAAUGAAGAACAAUUCAAGUUCCUUAUCAGUUGUAUUCGGUACAGUAACAAUGGAAAGGUAGACUUCGGUCAAGUAGCCAAAGAAUGUAAAAUCGUCACCAAAGGUGCCGCCGCAAAACGUUAUGAACGCAUGAUGCGCUCCCACGGAAUUGCCCCUAACGCCGCAUCCAUCAAACCCGCUCCAGGCAGCUCCUCCGGCUCCUCGUCAGCCCCCAUAUCCGCCGCACGCAACAAACCCAGUUCGGGCAGGAAACGGAAGUAUUCUGGUGAGGAAGAGAAUAUGGAUGAUGAGGAAGAGUCCUCCAAUCAAAGUUCUAUAAUCAAGAACAAAAUGAAAAAGGAAAUCAAAGGCGAGAUGAGGACUCAUGCGAAUGUAAAGGAAGAAGCAGAUCGUGAGGAUUCUCCAAGUACACAACUACAGGAAGGGUUGCAGAUGGGUCUUGGUGCGGGACUGUGUGAUGUUAAUAGGGAGUUGGUUGGAUAUUAUAGUGAUGGGGGUAUUAGUGCGAGUGGGGGAAGUGUUCAUGGAGAUGCGGAUGGACUCGAGUAUGGAGAUGUUGUGGAGUAUGCCGGUGUUGAAAUAAAUGCUAGUGGUAUUAAUGCGGGUAGUACGGGUGCUUUUAACCAGCAGCAGACUGGCUACACCUUUAAUACUAGUGGAUAUGGUGGAAUGAUGAGUGGUCACGGUAUGAUGGGAAAUGGUAUGGGUAGUCACGGUGGACAUGGACAUAAUAUGGUGACUCCGAGAAGUCAUGGUGCGGGUCAAAGUGGAAUGGGUAUGGGUACGCAGCAGUUUCAAACGAUGAGCCAGAGUUAUGGAAGUCAAGGUGGUUCGGAGAGUCCUUUAUUGGUGGAUUAG